AUGACUCGAAUUAGAAAAGGAUUCUAUGACAUCUUAAAGUCAAUAGAUUAUUUCGCAAAACCUAUAAACUUUACAUAUAAGGGCAAUGACACAUACAGAACAGCCUUCGGAGGAUUUAUGUCAACAAUCAUUGGAACAUUUCUAGGAGUUAUAUUUGUUUACAAGGUAAUAGCGAUGUAUGAGAGAUCUGAAACUAAAAUAAGAAAGGAUUCCAUCGUUUCGAUUUCUAACACCUAUAAUGAACCUUAGCUUAUAGGAGAGAAAGGAAUUAGUCUAAUGUUUAUGCUCUCUGACCUUAACGGUAUUCCUUUAACAUAUGAAAAGGAGAUUGGGUAGUUCUCACUUUGGUAGGGAAAGUUUUAGCUUAUUGAGUUGCCUAACGGUAAAAUCACACGAUAAUUCUCGAAGUAGAUUAUACCCUAUAGCAGAUGCACCCUUCAAAGUCUUGCUUUAAGUCGUUUAAACAGAGAAGAUAUCCUCUAGUAUCCAAUUGACGAUUACUAUUGCCCUGAGUGGACAAAUUUGACUCUGCAAGGAAAUUUUCAUGCCCCACAGUUUCAGUUUUUAUAUUUGGAAUUUAUCAAGUGUACGAGUAAAUCUCUUUGUUCUAAUUCAACUUUACUGAAGAAGAGGAUUGAAAGCUCUUACAUACAAUUAAUACCUGUUAGCUCAUUUUUUGAUGUGUAAAACUAUGUUCAGCCAAUAAAACACUUUAUGGACGAUGCAUUUUACCCAAUGGUAGAUAACAUGAAUAUAUUCGCAACUAUGCUGUUCCGUUAGAGUAACAUUGAACUAGCUGACUCUUUAAAUGGGUUUUAUGAAGAACCUUUUGAAGAUGUAUUUUACCAAAUGUCUACUUUAAGUCAAGUUAUCUAGUCAUUAGAGUUAACUGGAGGUUCAUUAUUUUCACUACAGAUCUAAUUAGAUAAGUUUAUCGAUAGAUACAACAGACAGGUCUAUACAUUUAAUGACGUACUUUAAGAGCUUGGUGGUUUUCAAUCCAUUUUAUUCUUAAUAAUUGCUAUUCUUUAUUCUGGAAUUUAAGACUCCAAGUUUUAACUAUCCAUGGCUAGAAACUUGUUCUUGAUCCAAGACUAUAAGAAAAUGAUGAAUGAAAAUUCAGAAGAUAGCAAUGAUGAUGAAGCUCCUGAUGACACUAUACGAUCAAAGAGUGAAAUCAAGAGUAAAAGAGCCUUGAGUGGGAUACAAAAGCUAAAGGAAAGCUUGAAAACGGUAUUAAUGACUAAUUCUAAAGAUGCGAAAGAUAUGGUUUUAAGCAAAAUGUUCGACUAUAUUAAAAUCAGAAAGAACAUGACUUUCAAGUAUAAAUAUUUGUUCAGAAGCGUGAUAAAUGAUAUGUUUGGUUGGAUGAUAUGUAAUUGCUGUAAAAAAGAGUCAAAAAUCUUAAAAAUUAAAAGAAAGGAUUUACUUGAAAAAGGGAAAAAUAAAGUGAUGGAUGAACUUGACUGCACAAGUAUGAUUAGACGCAUGAGGAUGGUAGAUAACUUAGCGCAACUCCUCCUUUCUGUACCUUAGUAGAUUUUACUCUACAACUAGAAGAAAGAUGUCAUACAUGUAAAUGAAUCAUCUGAGGAUGAAGAGUUAUUGAAUCUCAAAAAUGUCAGAAAAAUCUAGAGAAAUAUUAAGUUAUUCUCUGCAUUUGCUUAUUAUAAGAUAAAAGACUAGCUCACUACUAUUGAUAAGCGUAUAAUAAUGGGUACUAUCAGUAAUAAUCCACAUUUCCUUGAUAAAGAGUUAUUGGAGUCUGCAAUCAGUUAAAAGAUAAAAUUGAUGACUAAGGCUACUUUGAAAAAUAAAGAAAUUAAAAAAGUUGAAGACUUAGACGUUUAUGCUGAUAUGCAAAAAGAAAUUUAGGCUUACUAGUCUAAUAAGUCCCACACAUUUGCGCCUACUCAAUCUAGAAAGGUUGAUGAAUCAAGUAAAAAAGCAAGAGGUGUUACAGUUAAUAGUCGGAAGAGCAACAAUAAUUUACCAUUUAUAAAUGAUAUUGAGUAAAAUCUUACUUAAAGAGAAGAGAGCAGAUUUAAGACAGAUUCAUCGGAAGAUAUCAAAUCUAUAGAAGCAUAAGAGAAAAACGCUAGAUAAACAUUAACGAUUGAAGGUAAAAUUUUUUCAAACGAAAAGUCAAAGAAGGUAUUUAAAGAGGAUUUGUCAAUUACUGAAAUUGAGGAUCCUAAGCAAACCAAUAAGAACAUAAAAAAUAUUAUUGUUUCUCCAACAAGAUUUUCAGAGAUCAAAAGAUCAAACUCAAGUACCAAUAACAAUAGUACUCCAUAAAAAUCACAUAAAAAGUUGAUAGACAAUCAAAAUCAUAAUUGA